GUCGCUCUGGACUGCUUGAAGCCCAUUUUCAGCCAUACAUUAUACAUCACCUGUCAAAGGCGCCAUUUUAAAUGGCAGCUCAGAGCGGAAGCAGGAGGCUAUAAGAGAUUUUUUUCCCCCUCCCCUUCUAAAGGGGGAAAUCAAGUGUCCAUUUUGACAGUCCACUAGGUGGCAGUGUUGCACUUGGGAAAACCCGCACCACAAACAGCAUCAAGCCACAGAGCAGCAAGGAUGCUGAUCAAUUUGCAGCAUCACUCUCUCGCUCGCUCGCUCGCUCUCGCACAGGCAAUCAAUCAAUACGUGGACAGGAAGCAGAGCGAGGAGGCGGACUGCAGUGGACGCAAAGGAGGACAAGGACAAAGGGGAGAGAAAGGAAAAAGAGGACAUGCUUUUUUUUCAAUCUGCUUUUUUGACGUCAUCCCAGGUUGGAGGAGGGAUUGGAUAGAGAGAAGAGCGUCUCACAGAAUCUUGGGAGCAUCCUCACAUGGCCACGACAGGAUUGCACAUCGUCGGGGGAGACGUCAUGUUGGCGAGCUGCUGAGCGCUCUUCUUUCUUUUUUCCCCCAUGACAACAGUUUAAUUCGGAGCUGCUGUGUGCAUGUGUGUGUGUGAGAGAGAAGAUGAGCGUGCCCAUGCUGAAGAUCGGCGCCGUGCUGAGCACCAUGGCCAUGGUCACCAACUGGAUGUCCCAGACGCUGCCCUCGCUGGUGGGACUCAACGGGACCGCCGUCGCCGUCUCCCCCGACGGCACGCACCAACGCGUCGUCAGCGGUUUGUAUCCGGGCUUGGAGGAGGCUUGGCAGGUGUACAGCACCGCGUCGGACCCGGAUGGCCGCUGCGUGUGCGCCGUGGUCGCUCCUGCCCGGAACCUCUGCAAGCGAGACCAUCGCAGUCGCCAACUCAGCCUGCUGACUCAACAGGUGCAGAAUGUGAGUCAGUCCGUGGAUGGGGUCCACCUGCGGACCUCCAGGGACCUGCGACACUUCCGCGAGUCUGAGCCGCUGCUGCGGGGCGUGGACGGACGUCUGCACUCGUACGCCAGCAGCCCCCGCACGCUCACUUCCAAGGGUCUGCAGGAGCUGAAAGGUCAAGUGAGCCAGCUUCAGCCCCUCCUGUCCACGGCGGAGCAGUACCGCUCCGACCUGGAGACGCUGGCCGCCCUGCGAGGCCGCCUGCUCAACCUGUCGGCGCUGCUGACGGCCAUCCAGGAGGAGGUGGGUGCGUACGACUAUGAGGAGCUUCAGAGGAGAGUCCUGCUGCUGGAGACCAGACUGCACAGCUGUAUGAACAAGCUCGGUUGCGGUCGCUUGACAGCCGUCAACGGUCCCGUCACCGUGCGGGCGUCGGGGUCCCGCUUCGGCUCCUGGAUGACCGACGCCAUGAUUCCCAGCUCCGACAGCAGGGUGUGGUCCAUGGACGGCUUCUACCGCGGCCGUCGCGUGCUGGAGUAUCGCACCAUGGCCGACUUCAGCAAGGGCCAGAACUUCGUGCAGCACCUGCUGCCGCACGCCUGGGCCGGCACGGGCCACGUUGUAUACAACGGCUCGCUCUACUACAACAAGCACCAGAGCAACAUCCUGGUGCAAUACCACUUCCGCUCUCGCAGCGUGCUGCUACAGCGUAGCCUUAGCGGAGCCGGCUACAACAACACUUUCCCGUACAGCUGGGGCGGGUCCUCCGACAUUGACCUCAUGGCCGAUGAGACGGGCCUGUGGGCCGUGUACACGUCCAUACCCAACGCCGGCAACAUCGUGGUGAGCCGAUUGUGUCCCCGCUCCCUGGACGUUCUCCGAAGCUGGUCCACGGGCUUCCCGAAACGCAGCGCGGGCGAGGCCUUCAUGAUCUGCGGCGUCCUUUACGUCACCAACUCGCACCUGGCCGGGGCCAAGGUCCACUUUGCCUAUAACACCAACACGUCCACCUACGAGUACACGGACGUGCCGUUCCACAACCUCUACUCGCACAUCAGCAUGAUGGACUACAAUCCUCGAGAGAGGGCGCUCUACACCUGGAACAACGGACACCAGGUGCUCUACAACGUCACGCUCUUUCACGUCAUACGCACCGACGGCUAGACCAGGUUAGACGGGUCUGGAGAGGACUCACGGACGCCGUGUCCAGUUUGCGCCGGAUGUGUCGGGUUGGCAUGUUUCUUUUCCUUCAAUAAAAAUCAAACCAA